AUGGGUGGAUUUUGUCGGGAUGUGUUGGGAUUUGGGUCGAUUUUGUUGGGAUUUGGGUGGAUUCUGUUGGGAUUGUGUGAGAUUCGGGUGGAUUUUGUUGGGAUUUGCUGGGAUUUGGGUGGAUUUUGUUGGGAUUUGGGUGCAUUCUGUUGGGAUUGGGUGGGAUUCGGGUGCAUUCUGUUAGGAUCUGGGUGGGAUUUUGUUGGGAUCGGGGUGGGAUUUCGUCGCGAUCGGGGCGGCUUUUGCUGGCCUUUGUGCGGACCGUGGUCCCGGCGGCAGGCGGUGGCCCUGGGCCGGCGGGGGCUGCUGGAGCUGGUGGCCCGGGGGCUGCGGGACCUGCACUACGACUCCCUGGUGCUGCCCCGCGACCUGCGCCGCCGCGGCGUCACCCACACCCGCUGCUACCACUUCGCCGACGACGCCCGGCGCAUCUGGGCCGCCAUCCGCAGGUUCGUGGGGGGCGUGGUGGGGCUGUACUACCCGUGCGACGCGGCCGUGCGAGGGGACGCCGAGCUGCAGGCCUGGGUGCGGGAGAUCUUCCACAGGGGCUUCCUCGGCCGCCGCCGCUCAGGGGUGCCGUCCCGCCUGCGCACCAUCCCCCGCCUGGUGACCUUCCUCACCAUGGUCAUCUACAGCUGCUCCGCCCACCACGCCGCCGUCAACAGCGGCCAGUUCGAGCUGGGGGCCUUCAUGCCCAACCUGCCGGCCGCCAUGCGGGAGCCGCCCCCCCAGACGAAGGAGCCGCUGACGGAGGGGCAGUUCCUGGCCGCCCUCCCCGCCAUGAACACCACGGCCACCGUCCUGGGGGUGCUGUGGGUGCUGCGCAACGAGCCCUUCGACAUGCGCCCCCUGGGCUGUUACCCCGAGCGCCACUUCACGGAGGGCGCCCCCCGGCGCCUCAUGCGGGAAUUCCGCCGCCGCCUGGCCGCCAUCUCCCGCCGCGUGCGGCGCCGCAACGCGCAGCUGCCCCGCCCCUACCCCUACCUCGACCCCCCCAACAUCGAGAACAGCGUCGCCAUCUGAGGGGGGGGGGGCAUGCCCCACACCUGCCCCACACCUGCCCCACAUCUGCCCCACACCUGCUCGCUAACCCAGUGCGGGGCUGUCCCGCCCCUACCCAUACCAGGACCCCCCCAUCCCCCACCAUCGAGAACAGCCUUGCCCUUUGGGGAGGGGGGAGAUACCCCAUAGCUGCCCCAUAAGUGCCCUAUAACUGCCCCAUAAGCACUCCAUAAUAGCACCACAACCCACCCAUAACUGCCCCAUAGCUGCCCUAUAACCCAAUGUGGGGCUGCCCCCCCCGCCCCCCGCCAUAAAGAACAGCGUCACCAUCGGGGGGGGCGGGGGGGGGGCCACACCCCAUAGCUGCCCAUAAGCACCCUGUAACUGCCCCAUAAGCACCCCGUAACUGCCCUGUAAUCACCCCAUAAGUGCCCUAUAACUGCCCCAUAACCACACCAUAAUGGCCCCAUAGCUGCUGCUUAACCGCCCUAUAGCUGCACUAUAACCACCCUAUAACUGCCCCAUAGCUGCCCCAUAACCACACCAUAAUGGCCCCACAACUGCCCCAUAACCACCUUAUAACUGCCCCAUAAGUGCACUAUAACUGCCCCUUAACUGCCCUAUAACUGCACUAUAACCACCCUAUAACUGCCCCAUAACCACACCAUAAUGGCCCCCUAACCGCCCCAUAGCUGCCCCAUAACUACCUUAUAACUGCCCCAUAAGUGCACUAUAACCACCCCAUAAGCGCCUUAUAACUGCCCCAUAACAGCCCCAUAACCGCCCCAUAACUGCCCUAUACCCACCCCAUAGCUGCCCCAUAAGCACCUUAUAACUGCUCCAUAACCACACCAUAACUGCCCCAUAACCACCCUAUAACUGCCCCAUAACUGCACUAUAACCACCCUAUAGCUGCCCCAUAGCUGCCCCAUAACUGCACUAUAACCACCCUAUAACUGCCCCAUAGCUGCCCCAUAACUGCCCCAUAACUGCCCUAUAACCACCCCAUAGCUGCCCCAUAACUGCCCUAUAACCGCGCGAUACCAGCCCCAUCACCGCCCCAUAACCAACUGCUCCUUAGACCCCCAAUAACUGCCCCACAGCCCCCCCCCAACCCCCCCAUAACUGGGACUGGGGGGGGCCAAGCCCAGUGGUGUAAACUGGGGUGUAACCGGGACGGGGCGGGGGCCAAACCCAUUGCUGGGGGCUUCAAUGGUCCAAACUGGUCUGUACUGGGAGCUGUUACUGGUGUCAAUAAAGUGCUGCCCCCAGCGGG